GUGGCAGGGUCAGGGAACUGGGUACCAAAGGAGCAGGGAUGCAGAACAGAAACAGUCUGGUUCUCUGUGCCCUUGCCCUCCUGAUGGGCUUCCUGAUGAUCUGCCUGGGGGCCUUCUUCAUUUCCUCAGGCUCAAUAUUCGACUGUCCUGGGAACCUGAUCCUGCCUCUGGGGUUUGUGAUCCUUCUGAGUGGAAUUUUCUGGAGCACCUACCGCCAGGCGAGUGAAAGCAAUAGGGUGUUCGGCCAUGUGCUCAGACAACACCUUGCUCAGGGGGCCCUGCCCCUGGCCACAGUGGACAGGCCAGAUUUUUACCCUCCUGCUUAUGAAGAGAGUCUUCAUGCUGAAAAGCAAACCUGUCCUGCAGAGGGAGAGGCCUCGGACGUUCCUCCACCUCUGUACACAGAGAUGGGCCUUGAAUUUGAGGAUGAAAAUGAUGCCCACCCAGAGGCUCCACCAGCCUACGAAAGGUCCGUGACAGACGGGGCGGCGGCAGCAACGCCAUCGCAGGGUGCUGAGAGGCAAAGCCCGGAGUGCUAAAGCAGGGGAAGCUCUCCAGCACUCAUGACACACCCUCAUGGGAUACAGCUGCUAAUAAUAAACACAGGCAAGGGACUGUGGGAGGAAAAGCCAUAUCAGUGACCCCGCAUGAGAGAACGCUCGCUGAGGGGAUGCUGUGUGUGACAGCAAUGCAAGCCCACAGAUGUGCUUGGCCUGCAAGUGCAGGGUGGGGGCCCUGGAAGGCUACAGUCAGCACCAAGCAAACGUUUCAAAGGAUUCGCACUAAUCCCAACCCAGGUGAGCCUUUGGACCACAGAAGUGUUGUCAUGAGAGCUCUGCUCCAAAGAGGGGCUCUCUGUUCUCACUCAACUCCCCUCCCAUCACCUCUGCCCCCAACAGGGAGGAAUAGAUGCUGCUCUAUUCAUGUGCCUUCAGGUCUAUGUUACCUAAUAAUCACAAAGGGAAAGUACGCUGGAAAUGAAGGGUCACUGUCAUUUAAUUUGAGGGUUGCUUAGUGUGUUGUUGGCUGGUUUCAUAGUUAUCUCCGAUUACUGUACAACCAGAGUGACACAGUAAUUUACAUUGUGGGAGAUUGGCCCUUGGAACCCCUACAUAUUAGUUUGUAUUAUCUUAUUUU